UUUGAGCAAGCCGUUGUAGAGCAACUCGCCGUUCACACCAGGCACCUGGCCAAUCCGGCACCCACCAUGACCAAGCGUGGUAGGCGGGUACCGAUAGGCGGCACCAGUGGCCGUCCGCCUAAAGAGAUCAAGGGGGCCAACGCUGCGGCCGCGAGAAAUGCAAAGGCUAUGAAUAAGCUCCUGGAUGAUAUGGAGAAGAGAGAGGCGGCAACCGCCGCUGCCAAAGCAGCUCUCGCGGCCAAGGAAGAAGAGGUGAAGUGAAGGCCAUGAAGGCGUCAGUGGCCACGGAUCGGGAGAAGCUCGCGCGGGUCAUGGCGAGGUGAGACGUGCUUCAACAGCAGCGUGAACAGCGAGAGCAGGAUCGUGUCAGCAAGGCUGCUAAAGCGGCGAUUUCCAAGCUUCCCCCUCUCGCGCUGAAGUUUGUCGCGGACUCUGUGCAAUCGCUUAGGUCCAAGACUGGCGAGCUCACCACCCUGCAGCAGUCGCGGAUGAUUCUCAUGCUGUACGACCUGGUGAAAGGAGCCAUCUCUGAGAACCACGCAGAGGAGCAGGUCGCGAAGACCUUGAGGAUCGGCACGGACAAGGUCCUUGCGGUUAGCACACUCUGGUAUGACAAGUAGAAGUUGUACGAGACCAACGGGAAGGGGCGAGGCAAGGCCACCAGCGUCGACGAUGGGCGGCGACAUGUCAUCACCAAGGAGCAAAAGGAUGGGCUGCGCGAGUUCAUCAAGGGCGAGCAGGAGGCGGGACGUGAGGGCUUCCGCCGUACCGUCAAGGAAUACUUCGAGUCGGAUUAGAGAUGUCGAAUCGUGCCGUGGGACGGUUGCUGCAGCGCCUUGGCUUGAAGCGCCGUAGGGGUAGGAUCAUUAUACCUCCGUUGAACGAGGAGAGGAAAAACCGCAUCCGCCUUUUUCUUGUUAGAUGGACCUCGCGACGAGGGCCGAGGACGCUGGGGUCGCAGUCAUUGUGUACAUGGAUAUGAGCUUUGUUCACCAGGCGCAUGGUUCCGCGUACUCGUACUUUCCUUCUGACGAUACGGGGGUUGUGCAGGAUGGGAUAGGCCGUACAACGGGGAAAGGUUUGCGAAUGAUCAUGGUGCAUGCGAUCACGAAGCACGGGCCCUUGGCCGAGCUACAGGAGGGAUUUCAUAUCCGUGAGGGUUCGUUCAAGCCUCAGGAUGAUCGUGCGAAGAAGAUUAAGCCUGGGGAGGCGGGUUUCGAAUGUCAGAUGAGCCGACAGCAGAAUUUCUGUGGCAGGCCAAGUUGGCAACUGGAGAUUAUCGUAACGCCAUGACGGAUGGGAUGCUCAUGCAGUGGCUAAAGCACCGACUUACCCCGACCUUCGAUGCGCAGUUCAAGAACAAGAAGAUGUUUCUCGUUCUCGAUAACGCCUCAUACCACCACUGCUUUGACGAGGAGCUCAAGGUGCCCGAAACCAACAGUAAGAAGUUCAACGUCGAACUCUUUUUUAAGAACGGUUGCACAUCGUUCAAGGUGACGCUUGAGUCGGAAGGUAAGGCUGCUGAGUACAACUUUGAGGUCCCGGAGCAGAGGUCGCUACCCAAUGCGAACCGCACGAACGGCGUCAGCAAAGAAGAGAUAGCCUACGUCACUCGGACGUACUUCAAAAAAAAAUUCCCACAAAAGCUCGAGGAAAAGGCUGAGACGUACAUGAGGGAGAAGGGGUGGGGGUUAAUUUGGACACCGCCGUACAUGCCGACUUUCCAGCCGAUCGAGCUGUUCUGGCAGCACGGCAAGCAUUACGUGAGCAUUCAUUUUGAGAAGGGGCGGAACAUGUUGGAUGUCUGGAGGCAAAUCCGUCUCGGUUGGUAUGGAGACCCGGAAUGAGACGGUCAGGAGGGGGGGUGGAAGGCAGCCAACUGUGGAAAGUUGGUAGAGCAUGCUAUUGGCAAGAUGAACGAGCGGAUCGGCCUGCAUGGUGGAAACCUGAGCGGUACGAUCGGCAGCCUCGAGUAUCCAGUGGCAGAGUACCAUAAGGCUACGACCGAGGAUGAGAUAGAGGAUGGGGUGGAGGAGCAGACGGAUGAGUGGAUGGGUGGGGCGCGGAAGAUGUCAUUGAGGGCUGAGAAACGAUGCAAAAAAAAAGGUCCUUUUUUGGGCCAAUAUUUUUCGACUUAUAUUCACGAACAGCGACACAAAGGGGGCUGCACAGAAGGCGCCAUUCUGAGUGCAAGCUGACUUAUCGUUUGAUAUGUCGCAAUUGAGAUGGCUGUAUCAACCUGUAUUAUACAUGGAUCACUGGCGCAAGCCCUGGGGCCGCAUCGCUUGAACACCGCGCUUCAAUAUUUUUGGAACAUCGCCGGGUACGAUCACACACUAAUUUAGUGAUAUUGCACGAAGACAUUGUGCAUUUUUCUUUUUUUAUAGCUAAAUUUGUAUUCCAAUUUGGUCUUGACUACUGUUCCACCGUAAAAAAAUAGCUCAUGAGGGGGACCCCCGAAGACGAAUUCCGUCCGGAACCUGCAUCGCUAAAUCAAGCUGUGACUAAGGGUCAAAUGCCGUUUCUUCCCACGUCCAACCUCAAAUCCCCAUGUUUGUUUAGUAGCAACAGCAUCUACGCAGUCCCUUCCGAGGAACUGGAAAUCUGUGAAGGUCUGCUUGCUGUACAUGGGCAACCUUGUCGUGGUUAUUUCUUUGUUGUCAACGUUCAGCUGUGGCUUGUAUGGUAUCAAUGUGUGGUGGCCUCAUGCAGUCCAAACUGCGAUACAAGUCUACGGAUACACGUGAUACUGUUGAGGGAUACACGUGCAUGUGUGCUGCUGGGAGCGACAUACGUGCUACUCAAGUGUUUUUGUGGAGUUUCUGCAUUUUGUGUACGAAACAUAUCGACGGGACAACGGCCGAACACACCUUUUCCAACUGCCAGUGGUCCAACCAUGGUCCUACAAAAGGCCGUAGAGAAGUUUGACUCUUGGUGUUUAUACAGCCGAGCGCUGGACAUCAAGACGGGGUCGAAGGCUGAUUUGGCGGUUCCUCUCUGUCGAACAGCUUGUCAACCCAUGGGGUGCCAGGGCAGUGUUUGAAGACGUGGUGUUAAUCCUGCCCGAUGCAACAACGGUUCAAUGCAAACCCCUCGGUGAUCAUUGGCAGCCAUCUUGCAUCGCUGCAGAGAACUGUUGUGACGACCGGAAGAUGUAAGAUCUAAACGCUUGAUUUAUGCGCAGGCAACUUCGGAGAUCUAGGGUUCGUUUGCCGUUGCUCUUUUAUUUCAGCGAGUGCCUAUUCGGCUAGCAACCGCUGUUCUUUCCCGUUGGAAGUUGGAACCGCCUUGUGUAUUGGUUACAGCGGUAGCAGUCGGUGACUGAGGUAGUGAUUAUGGGCGGUUUGGUGGGGACGGGGGCGUCCAUGCCGGAUGCGAAAGUGGGGAUGGGGGCGGUGGAAGUACCAUCCGUGCCAUGGAGGCUGACAAGUGUCAAUUUUUCGGGGGAGUGUGCAAACAACAGUGCAUGGCAGCAUGGCAGCAGUACGUAGCAGUUAUGGGAGAGGGGUAUUGCUCAAGUUCCAAAUCUGUUUUGCCCAAACCGGUUCUGGGGGUAAACGGCAACGAACGGCCGUUGCUCGCCCUGAUCGGAGUGUGGUGCAGGUGUACAGAACUAUGCACAGACCUGAUGCUACCGUGUGAUUCGUAGAGACUUCAAUGUAGAAGCGCACAUGGGUUGCAAAAAAAAAGUAUUGGAUGUACACGCAUGGGUCCUUGUCG